AUGUCCAUGAGGGUAUUGAUCCAUGACUACCCACAUCGAACGGUGGCUCUUGCUACGGAUGAACAUGUCUUGGUCUUUCGCCAUUCACAUGCGGCUUCCGACAGCCACAGGAACUCGAUCUCUAGCUCAUCAAGCCUUCCACUGAGUAAUGGUAGCCGACCGGCCUCAACGCCUCGGGCCAUGGUCGAGUUUGGGGAGAAGUCUAUCGUCAACCUCGAGCAUUUCCACCCUGUCACCACAGCUCGAGGCACUCUAGGCCUCGUCACACUCCACAACGAUGUAUUCCUAUGCGUCAUCACCGGUUCAGAAGAAGUUGCAACCGUGCGACCCGGGGAGACUGUACAGAAGAUCUUUGCUGUCGAAUUUUACUGUCUCAACCGUGCGGACUAUGACCACGCCCAUGGUCCUUACCCCAAUCCUUAUCCUGGACAGGUCUUUCACUCGGACGACGUUGACUACACACAAGGCGAUGAUGUCUCGGAGCAUCCUUUUCACGCCUUGAGAAAGCUGUUGAGCAACGGCAACUUCUACUACAGCACUGACUUUGAUUUGACACGGAGGCUACAAGACCGAGCCGAAGCCGAUAGCACCAUCGACAUUUCCAGCUUCGACCAAGGCCUCCUCUGGAACUCGUACAUGAUCGACCCACUGAUAAAGUUCCGAAGCAGACUUACCGACACUGAGCGAUAUGCGUUGGACCACAGUCGGCUUCUCACUUCCGUCACACGAGGAUUUGUCAAGAGUCUUGUUGUCCCACCUUCGUCGUCGCCGAUCCGCGGCACAACACCAGGGCAUCCUACAACGUUGACCAUCAUCUCAAGGCUUUCGUCUCGACGAGCUGGCACGCGCUUCAACUCCCGGGGCGUCGACGACGACGGUAAUGUCGCAAACUUUGUAGAGACCGAGACGGUUCUCUGGUCCCCAACCGGACUGUGCUUUUCAUACACCCAAGUCCGAGGCAGUAUACCAGUAUUCUGGGAGAGCUCGAGUAGCCUCAUACCAGGGCAGCAAAAGAUUCAAAUCACUCGCUCACCAGAAGCUACACAGCCGGCCUUUGACAAGCACUUUGCGAAUCUAGAAAGGACCUACGGAGCCGUACACAUCGUUAAUCUUCUAAGUGCUACUAAGCCUGGUGAGGUGGAGCUCACAGAAAGGUACCGACACCAUGUGGGCCGGAGUCCCCUGCGACGGCAUGAAGAAGGGGAGAUGGAGGAACAUCACCUCCUCCGCGAGACCGAGUUCGAUUUCCACGAACGGACACGAGGCCCCACCGGAUACGAGGCUGCGAAGGGGAUUCGACCGUAUCUCGAAACGAGCGCAGACUCGUUUGUGUACUUCCUUUCGGAGGAAGUCGAGGAAGAGACCAUCGUACAAGGCCGAAAGAAAUUGACGAGGAGGCCGAUUGUUAUCAUGCAGCAGAAUGGUGUCUUCCGCGUCAACUGUCUGGAUUGCCUAGACCGAACGAACCUUAUCCAGGGUAUCAUCAGCCAGAUGGCCCUCGAACUCUUCUUGUCACAUCGCGGCGAGCGAGGAAAUUCAGACUUUUGGAUGCGACAUUCUGCACUCUGGGCAGAUAACGGUGACAAUCUUUCCAGGAUCUAUGCCGGUACGGGCGCAUUGAAGAGCUCAUUCACCAGACACGGGAAGAUGAGCCUUGCAGGCGCUCUUGCCGAUGCCAGGAAGAGUGCUACUCGUCUUUAUGUCAAUCAUUUCGAGGACAAGAACCGGCAGAAUACAGUGGAUCUGCUGCUCGGUCGAUUGGUUGGUCAGACGAGUGUCGACCUGUUCGAUCCGGUCAACGACUGGGUUGUCGCAGAGGUGGCUCGACGGAGAGCGGAGUUUGAGUCGAGAGAUCAGCUCAGGCUUGGAAUGGGGACAUACAACUUGAACGGCAAAACCGCCGGCAUCAACGAAGACUUGACCCCUUGGCUCGACGUUCGGGGCAGAAACUUGGAUAUGGUCGUGGUUGGCUUCCAGGAAAUCGUCGAACUGAGUCCUCAGCAGAUCAUGAGCACGGACCCGAAUCGCCGAGUGCUAUGGGAAAGAGCAGUCCGAAAUUGUCUGAAUGGGUACGGUCCUGGUGAGAAGUUUGACGGAGUGCCCACGAAAGGUGACGAAUACGUGUUGCUGCGGAGUGGACAAUUGGUCGGAGCCGCGUUGAUGGUUUUCGUGCGGGCAAGCGUUCUGCCCCGGAUCAAGAAUGUGGAGGGCGCCAUCAAGAAGACCGGCAUGAGUGGUAUUGCUGGAAACAAAGGUGCAGUGGCGAUCAGGAUGGACAUCGAAAACACCUCGGUGUGUUUUGUCACGGCGCAUUUGGCUGCCGGGUUCGCCAACUACGAGGAGAGAAAUCGUGAUUACACCACCAUCACCUCUGGAUUGAGAUUCCAGCGGAAUAGGAGCAUCGAAGACCACGAAAUCAUCGUCUGGGCCGGCGACUUCAACUACCGCAUCGGCUUGGGCUACGAGAAGACGAAAGCACUCGUCAAUGAAGCGAUCAUCGGCUCCGAAAAGAUCAGAGAGGAAGCACUGGAGAAACUGUACGAGAACGACCAAUUGAACAUCCAGAUGGUGGUGGGCAACUGCUUCAACUACUACCGUGAAGGGCGGGUUAAGUUCCUGCCCACAUACAAGUACGAUAUCGGCAGGGAUGACUUUGACUCGAGUGACAAGCAGCGCAUCCCAGCCUGGACGGACCGGAUUCUGUGGAAGGUCAACCACAGCCGCAACGUGGUGCAAGCGGGCGAGGUCCUCGGCUCACAGAUGAAGCAGCUGGAAUACGACAGUGUCAUGGGCCUACGAUUCAGCGACCACAGACCCGUAUACGCGAUCUUUGAGAUGGGCAUCCGCGUGGUGGACGAACAGAAGAAAGACGCGCUGACGAAGAAACUGUACGCGAAGAGAGCGCGAGAGACGAGGAUCAAAGCAGGCGAUUCGACCGAAGGGUUCGAGGACAUUGAGACCGACGAUGAGACCGAGAGCGUCGUCGACAGCCUGAUGGGGUACGAGAGCAUCCAGGAGGGGCUGCCGCCCGCGAGCAGCGACAAGCGGAAGUGGUGGCUCGACGGCAACAAGGGCGCGAGAAGUACCCUCCGCCCACCCAGAGAAGGCGCCAUGUUGAGUAAAGACCGAGAAGCCAAUCCCUGGAGAGAAGGAGGAGGAGGCGAGGACGAUUGGGUCGAGGUCGAGAGACCGCCCAUCAUAGAGUCCAGAAGUCGAAGCCGACUUGAAAGUUUGAGGAAACCGGAACCACCUCCGCCGAGGACAGUGAAGAGGAUGGUUCCCCCGCCGUGGGAGGGCGAGAGGGUGGCGACGGGCGGCCAAGAGAUGAGACCCGUGCAACGAGGCCCAACACCAACACCACCAGCGCCAAGGAACAGAUCCUCCAGCGCGACGACCUCGCCCAUCCGUUCGCCCGUCCGCCUGCCAGACGUCCCUGCCAGAUCGUCUUCCGCGGCAGGAUUCCCCACCAAGAAACGCCCGCCUCCAAAGCCGACCAAGCCGUCGGCCCUGACCAGCUCGUCCAGCCAAGUCGCCGUCCCGCAGUUGAGUCAUCUCCCAGGCCCAGCCAUGCCGCGCCCCCUGGCGAGCAUAUCUCGGCCGGACACUGUCUCUCCGGGCCCUGUGGAGGACCGUCCACCGCCCCUCCCUAAGAGACGGGAGACGGCGAGUUCGACGGCGAGUUUCGUCAGCGCGCCGGACUCGAUCGGCGCGGGCGCUUCCAUGGCGUCUAGCAUUAGACCGACGUCCAGAGGCGCAAAUCUCAUACAAAGGCAACAACAACAACAACAACAACAACAGCAGCAGCAGCAGCAGCAGCAGCAAGUGGCGGCGAGAACAGACGGGAUAAGUGAGGUUAUUGCCCCGCCGUUGCCCCCGAGACGCGACACCAGCAGCAGUGUGAACAGUGUUUCUUUGCCGAUUAGGAACAAUGGAGGUGGAGGGAACCCGAGCGCAGCCGGGCUGAUGCUGAUGGACCAAGAUGACCCGUCUGGCCGGGGCGGGCUGGAUCGGUAUAAGCCGCUUGUGCCCGGUUGA